AUGAUCGAUAUAUCCCCGUUUUUGAUGGUGUUCACCGGAUGUUGCGGCAACGUCUUCUCCUUGGAGACCUUGGUGACUAAGACGACCUACAGUGUUGGUACAAUGGUAACAUUUUGCCAGUUCUUGUACGUAGCUCUAGUCUCGUAUCUUUUCGUGAUGCUCCCAGGAGAAGGAGGCAAAAAGACAGAUGAUGUGCUGUUGGCAGGCCCCAAAAAGGAUUGGUACAGCUCUUGGCUGCCAGAAUCUAAGGUGCCUAUGAAACGCUACUACGUGAACAUUUUUUUGUUUUUCGUGACAAAUGUCUUGAACAACUACGUUUUCGUGUUCAACAUUGGCAUACCCGUCCACGUCGUGUUCAGAAGUAGUAGUGUCACCGUGACCAUGUUGAUUGGAUAUUGCUUUUUGGGCAAAACCUACAACGCAAAGCAGAUUUGGGGUUCUGUGGUGCUAUCAAUUGGUGUCAUUAUAACAAUGAUUGACAACCAAAUUGCCCAAAAUGAAGCAAAAGGUGUUGAAUACACGGGAAAUUUCAUUGAUUGGUCUGCUAUAGACCUACAUUACAUGUUUGGUAUAUUUGUGAUGACCCUGGCCAACGUUUUAACCUGUGUUAUGGCCCUUUAUACGGAGACUACUUAUAAGAAGUACGGAAAGUCAACAUGGAUGGUGAAUCUCUUCUACCAACAUGCAUUUGCAUUGCCAUUAUUUCUUUUUGUUUCCUUGAAUCUGAAAAGAGAGUUUGAACACUUCACGUCCAACCAUGGAUCUUUGCUCAUCAACUGCCUGACGCAAUUCCUCUGUGUUGCAGGUGUUAAUAAAACGGCAUCUCUUUACAAUGCUGUAACCCUAUCCAUCAUUCUAAUGAUCCGAAAGUUGGUGUCUUUGCUGAUUAGUUGUUACUUCUUUGACAACUCCUUCAACGCAAUGGGAUAUUUUGGAAUUUCAAUGGUGGUGGUCGGUACCGCUCUGUACACUAUGGGAGGCCGAAGCAUUUCACCUCCACUUGCAGCAAAUUCCGAGAAGCUUGAUCUUGAGAGUAAGGGAAACAAUCAGGAUUGA